GUGCUUUUCAAGGGUAAGCGUACAAUAAGUGCUAUCGUAAAUCUGGGCUUGCGAAUUGAAAAGUCACUACUAAGAAAUUCUGGCUGUUUUAAGUGAUGAGUGAGUAUCAGGAGCUUACGGAUUCCACGAUUGUGAAUGAAAGUGAUACCAAAUACGAAAUAUACAUUCCAUCCAAUGAUUCAAAAAAAUGGAUCUCCAAAGAGGAAUGUCCUGGAUUUUUAGAAGACGCUUGGCUUUUGAAGGGAACUGGUCAUAAACGCAAGCUAGAUCAGUCUUUGGAUUCUCCUUUGGAUACUGAACAACCUCCGCUCAAACAACAUGAGGUAAAUUUCCUCCAUCAUGAUUUUGAUGCAACAGAAAAUGAGUUUUUGACGCAAGAUGUCGGUGACUAUCCAUCAACGCAGCAACUAUUCCCUAAUAAGUCUUCGAACUCAGAUUCGCUAUCACUGCCUUCUUCAGGAGUUCCCAAACCCAAUUAUUCCAUUUUAGAUGUGGGUCUUUAUAUGUCCCCCAUCCAGCAGAGAAUGAUGCACCGCCUUGUCCAAUACUUUGCUUUUUGCAUCGAUCAUUUUUGUUCAGGACCAAGCGAUGCGCGCAUACAAGAAAAGAUUCGCUUAUUUCUUCAGUCAGCUCACAAGAUUGCAAAACACCCAAAACUUUACGAAAGGAAAAUUCAUGAUAGCUCACACUCGUCAUCAGCUAAACCGAACGAGGAUAAUUUUCUCAGUGCCCCAGACAUAUCUGACGACGCCAAUGCCUCUUCCAAAUUUCUUUUCGUAAAGAAGUUUUUGGAAUCCAUUUCACCGAAGCUUCACACUCCAAUUUUUUGCUUUGUUUCUAAUGAUGUUCUUGGCAAUUUACUUACGACUUGGUUAUCAUCAGUAUCUAUUUCAACGCAAUCUUGGUCACCAGACGUAGAUAUUCAAAAGAACAACGACGUUUCAUUCUGGGUCUGCUCAUCGAGGCAUGCCUCGUCUACGGCUAGUCUUUUUAAUUCUGAUAUGCAUUUUGGCGCUGUAAUUUUUUACGAUAUGGAUGCCUAUAUGGGUGUUAGUAGCGUAAUUUCUUAUUUUCCUUGUCCAAUUCUUCGACUUCUUCAUAUCAAUUCUGUGGAACAUGUCAUCAGAAGCUUUCAAUCUUCUUACAAUGCAAGUUUUCUUGUAAAUAUCGUCGGUGUAUUAGCUACUCUUAAUUCCUCUGCCGAAGAAAACGCUCAAGUUACAGAUCUGAAUGUGCUUUCACAUCGUGCCCAGAAUAGCGGUGUUAUUGCUGAUGCUGAUGCAAAGACGGCGCACUUUACCGACGUUACAAAUGAAUAUGCAGAUAAAGUAGCUGAAUGGAUUGCUAAUGACGCAUCACCCAAUUCUUGGCCGUUGCAGCCUUUAGUAGAUCUUGCUUAUUUGGCUGUUGCAGAACCCAAACCUUCUCAAGAUUCCCCUUCUUGCGUCAAUGAAACUGUCUCAAAAUAUUCAGAUGACAAUCCUUUCACCUUUCAAGUAUCUCAAACGCCUUCCAAAGAAUCCCAGGAAGUAGCCGGUUCCUUUUCAAAUCCAACAACUAAAUCAUUCACUUCUCAGCAAGGACCAGAUGCCUCUGAAUUCGGGCAAAAUUAUGAUUUACAAGGUGCAGCUGUCCAAUAUUUACAGAGAAGAUUACGGAUGGUGGAAGAUGAAUUGCACGAAGCUGUCAACCUAAAGAAUAUGAAGCAAACACAUGCUGAUGAACUGGAACAACAAAUAGCUAAACUUACAGACACUUUGCAGGAUUAUCGAGAACAAAUACGAGAAUUCAAAAUUGAACUUGAAAAAUCACGUCAAAAGUUGGAGACUAGCAAGAAGAACGAUUCCGAACGUUUAAAAGAAAUUGCUGAUUUAAAACAACAAAUUACGCAUUUAUCGAAAGAAUUGGAUUUUGGUUUUAAAUACAUUCAAGAUAUUCCAGAAGAAGAAAUUCGUGGCCAACUGGUGGAAUCCAAUGAACAGAAGUAUAAACUUAUUCAACUUAAUAAAACGCAGAAAGAAGAUUUGGAUUUUAUUACACAGCAAUAUCAGAAUGCUUCUACUUCUGCUAGCGAACAAAGCAAGGAAGUUGCCAGAUUACGAGUUGAAAAUGAACGACUCAAGACAAUUAAUGAUAAAGCAAUGGAGGAGGUAAAAUCGUAUAGUGACGCUAGAGCCGACGCUUUGCUUGCGAAAGUUUCAUCACUUGAAGAAUCCCUUGCCAUCCUAAAAAACAAGACCCUACCACCGCUAUAAAUUAGAUGAAGCAUACAGUGAAUGGAACAUCCCAAUUCUGCCUAUUAUUUUCUUAAUGUUCUAGUUAAUGAUCCCCCCUUUCAAUUUAAAUGUCUUUUUCUUCCUUUUCUUUAGAUAAUAAUUCAUUAAUUUUAUUUA